UUGUUAAAGAACAGGAGGAACACAGAAAACAGUUUUGGAAGUUGAGGAAGGUAGCUACAAGCCUUUAGAAAUGAUGUACCCCAGCCUCUUAGCUCCACCAGCUGUGUACCCCAAUUUACUAAGGCCCACUCCAACCCUGACUUUACCCCAGACACUGCAAAAUGCUUUAGCCAGUCACUCUAGCUUUUUGGUGGAAGAUCUCAUCAGAAUCAGCCGGCCAGCAUCAUACUUACCUCGGGCUAUCCCUCCAUCCAGCAUGUCCCCUCCAGUAUCAGAAUGUCCCACAAGUAUGACAGACAGCACCGACUUGGGAAGCUCCAGGAGAGGGUGUCCAUCCCAGACCAACACCUCUUCAAGCAGCAGCAAUUCCACUUUUCUGAAGUUUGGAGUCAACGCUAUACUCUCAUCCAGCACAAGAUCAGAGCCUGCACCAGCUAUACUCUCCAACGUCCCCCCAAAAACCUUCUCCUUCCCAUAUUUUGAGGGAUCAUUUCAGCCUUUCAUCAGGACCUCCUAUUUCCCAGCCUCUUCCUCAGUAGUCCCCAUCCCUGGCACUUUCUCUUGGCCCCUGGCCUCCAGGGGUAAACCUCGCAGAGGGAUGCUCAGGAGAGCUGUAUUCUCAGACGUACAACGCAAAGCUUUGGAAAAGAUGUUCCAGAAACAGAAAUACAUCAGCAAACCAGACAGAAAAAAACUAGCAGGCAAACUGGGACUUAAAGAUUCUCAGGUGAAAAUUUGGUUCCAAAACAGAAGGAUGAAAUGGAGGAAUUCCAAGGAGCGUGAGCUGCUAUCUUCUGGGGGUUGCAGAGAACAAACAUUACCCACCAAGUUUAACCCUCACCCAGAUCUCAGUGAUGUGGGCAAGAAACUUCUAGGAGAGGAGGACAACUUGUGUACAGCAACUAGCCCUAGGCACAGCCUAAUUUACACAGACAAUCACUUGAGGUUGGACACUCAACUGCCCCCCUCACCAUACAACUCCAGCAGCCCCAGUAAACCUUCAGACUUUUCAGACUCAUCAGAAGAGGAACAGGAUGAGGAGAUUACAGUAUCAUAG